UAGGUAGCACUGCCCCUUCCCCGCUGUAGCUAGAAGCUAGCUAAUGGUUGAAUGCACAUUGAAUGAAAGUCAACGUCAGUUUAUUACAGUGAGACGACCAGCGACCAAAUAAGAUCUGCAAAUUGAGUCAUCGUAGGCUAUACGCCGUAGGUAGCUAGCGAGUCUGUUUUUAUAAGAGAUACGAUUACAAAUUGCAAAAUAUAGGCUGACUCCAGUUUUGAAAACGAAGGUAAAGGACCAAGCUCCGCAUGGCCACGCAGCGAGCCACGGCGCCCUGGGCUGCCUGGCUAGGGACCUCGGUGCUGUCGCUGCUAUUGUACCGGUGUUGGGCUGACGGUGGGGGGCCCAGCCUCGCCGAGCGAGUUAUAUGGGCAGUGAACGCUGGAGGGGAAGCGCACACAGACAUGCACGGCAUCCAUUUCAAAAAGGAUCCCCUGGAAGGGAAACUCGGAAAAGCCUCUGAUUACGGCGUGCGCCUGCCUAUCCUGCGCUCGAGUCCAGAGGACCAGGUUCUAUAUCAGACGGAGCGCUACAACGAGGACACUUUCGGCUACGAGGUGCCCAUCCGAGAAGAAGGGGACUACAUAUUAGUCAUGAAGUAUGCAGAGGUCUACUUUGCUCAGUCUCAGCAAAAGGUGUUUGACGUGCGUCUCAACGGCCACGUGGUGGUAAAAGAUCUGGAUAUCUUUGAGCGUGUGGGUCACAGUACAGCCCACGACGAAAUAGUCCCCUUCUCCGUCCGCCGGGGCAAGCUGAGCGUUCAGGGAGAGGUUUCCACCUUCAAUGGCAAGCUCAACGUGGAGUUUGUUAAGGGUUAUUACGACAACCCCAAAGUCUGCGCUCUCUACGUCAUGAAGGGAACACUAGAAGAUGUACCGAAGCUCCAGCCCCACCCAGGCUUGGAGAAACGCGAGGUGUUGGUGGAGGAGGAGGAAGAGGAGGAAGACCCUGAGGUAGGGGAGGACAGCGGCAAGAAGAGCACCUCCGCAGCGCCCAAGAACCGCGUCCAAUCAGGGCCCCGGACACCCAACCCCUAUGCCGCCGACAACAGCAGCCUCAUGUUCCCCAUCCUUGUGGCGUUUGGCGUGUUCAUCCCCACACUGUUCUGCCUCUGUCGGCUCUGAGCAUCUGGCAACCAGAGGAGGAGAGGUGGCGGGGAGGGUGCUAGGGCAGGGGUCUAAACGGACAAUAAAUGGAAUAGCGAGAGAGACGGAGUGAGUGAGGGGGACAGAGAGAGACGCCAUGGGAUGAGUUGAAGAUGACAUUACUGCUACAAAAGCAUACAUACAGGAGAUGGAGGCAGGAGGAUGGUGUUUGUUCUCAAUUGUUUUGUUUUUUUAAAUAUGGUGAAGGUGCAAACCAGUUACCAGGGUGUGUUUCUUUUUUGGUUUUUUGGUUUUGCAAGAAAACUGUAAGGGGAGGCGGUUACCAUGGGAUUUUACUGUUGAAUGUGUAGGUGCUGGGGUGAUCGUGUGAUUGUGUUCAACAUCCAUUGGCGCUGGCCCUGAACAAACUUACUUGCAUCCUUUUCACCAACACAAGACGUGGCAAGAUCUAGAGUUAAUCUGUCUUAAGUUGAACACCACAUGUUUUCUUGAGUUGUACAAAACAUGGGUUACGGUUGUGGACCUAUGUUCUAGUGCAGGGUUUAGUAACUCAAACAUUGGACACUUGCUCUGCAUAAGUUUCAACACACACUCACUGAACUCAAACUUCUAAAGGAGAACUAAUUGGGUGUUUUAACAGUAAGCACAGUAAUUGGCUAAUGAGAAUACAGUGGCCAUUUGAUACUGUUCAUAUUUCAUUUGUGAAUGAUUUUGGCUCUCUGUAGUGUGCUACUGAUUAUAACUGUGUACAAUCACAUUGGCCAGUAUCCUUCCCCACAUCUCUUAGUUGUUAUUCAGGGAGUAUAUACUCCCUGUCAGCUUUUUUUUU